AUGGUUUUUGAGUUUUGGAUGUCGAAGAACGUCAAAAGCUCUGUCAGACUGGGGAAAGAUCGAACCACCUCCUGCUACCAGGAACUAUUCAUUUCUUCACUUAUGCUCUGCCGAAUACCGAAAAAUCCAACUGGAAAAGCAUGUAGAACGGAAUUAUUUCACACAUCUACGUAUUUGAAUGCGAAGUUCGCGACAACACUUGCACAAAGUCUCUCUCCGAAAAGCAAAAAGUCGGGGACGAUUGAAGUUGCUUCCCGAGCUUCGUUUACGCGCGACGAUGCCCCUCAUAAAGGAAUGAGUCCUGUUGUGCAGCGGGGUCGUCGACCUGUAGUUCUGAGGGCAAGGGAGUCUGGGCAAUCACCUCGUAACAACAAGGAUGUGCCCAGCAGUCGGAUUGCGAGGGUCGGGGAUGAGAGGCGACGACAUACCGCUCCAAACGUGCAUUCAGAGGCCAUCCAAGGCAGCACGGCGCGGCCAUUGUUUCCAUCAACCAGUCGGGACCACCGCUCAGACGCUCGUUCCAACAAGAAUUACGAAGAAAUGCAAGACUCUGGCGAAUUCUACCACCCUCCUAGCCCUAUUUCGACCUCUUCUUCCAGCAAAGGCAAGUCAAAAGCCCUUGUUUCUGAACGCGAACUCCCAACUUCGUUCACCUCGCCACCUCUUCUUCCCGGAUUUGUUUCGUCGCUGAAGGAAAUGCUCGGUCCGGACACAAAACCCACCCCCAUUCAGUCUCUCAGCAUGAAGUGGCUUCUCGAGUCAGAUGACGCUGCUGGCUGGCGGCAGGUUUUGCUCGCAGCAGAGACAGGCUCAGGAAAGUCUAUCGCCUACCUGCUUCCUGUCUUGCAAAACAUCAAGCUCGCCGAACUGUUGUCAAAAGAUCAACCUCCAACCUCCUCGACGCGACCGUACAACCCUCGUGGACUCAUCCUUGCACCAACGCACGAACUGUCACGACAGCUGUCAGGUUUCGCGAAGUCGCUGCUGCACGAGACGAAGUUGAGAGUGGUGUGUGCAAGCCAGUCGAACGUGAAGAACACGAAGGGGCAGAAGGAUGCCACGUCGAGCAAGAUGGCCUCCAUGUUCCAGGACGUCGAAGGCUCAACGGGCGAAUUUCAGGUGUCGAAAUCGAGUCAUCCAGUGGAUUUGCUAGUGGGGACGCCAAUGAAGGUGUUGGAGAUGGUGCGCGGACGAGGCUGGGACAGGAGGGAGGGCCAAGAAGGAGAGGAAGAUAUCGGGGAGAACGAAGAAAAUCAGAAGAAACUUCGCCGUGGGCGAGACAAGAUGCCUGGGAUUGGGAAAUGGAGGAGCAAACCCGAACUUGGGCUGGCGAACGUUGAGUGGGUCGUGGUUGAUGAAGCCGAUGUUCUCUUUGACCCGGACUUCCAGGAGACAACUCGCACUCUGCUCGCCGACAUUAGCGAAGCCCGCGGUGCACCCGUACCUCUGGUCUCCGCAUCGUCUCUCCGAUCACCCUCCUCGACGCACACGACACCUGAACCCACCAAUUACCCUUUCAAUCUCCUCCUCACAAGCGCUACCAUCCCGAAUUCACUCAACGCCUACCUCGAGAAGCACCAUCCCUCGCUCGUCCGACUUGCCUCUCCACGUCUCCACCACUUGCCCAAAACUCUUCAAACCGAAUAUGUCUCUUGGACUGGCGGGAAUAAGUUCGCCGACAUCCUCCGUCGCAUCCGUCGCAUCUGGGCCGAGGACUCCGCCGGCGAGAGGGGGUCCUUGUCGAAAGUGCUUAUCUUCUGUAACAAGAGUACAAAGGUGGUCGAGCUCAGUGCAUACCUCGCCGAGCAGGGUAUCAAGAGCGUGGCGAUGACAAGCCAGAGCGAACACCGCGGGCGCGGGUCAAACAAGCACCUCGACGGCUUUCUGCGCACACGAGCAGCUCAUGAAGCCACAACGGGCGACGUCAAGAACGAGGCGCACGUUAUGGUCACCACGUCGCUCCUGUCGCGCGGUCUCGACUUCACCCCAGAGAUCAAGCAUGUCUUCAUUGUGGACGAGCCACGGAACAUGAUUGACUUUUUGCACCGUGCUGGGAGGUCGGGCCGGGCUGGACAGCGGGGGAAAGUGGUUAUCUUUGGGAAGAUGAAAGGGCGCGGAAGUGAGCGAGUGAGAGAGGUUAGGAAGAGGGUCGGUGCCCUGGCUGCGUAG